AUGAAAGUAUUCGUUUUGUUGUUUGCACUGCUCAGUGCAACAGUACAAGAGGACGUCGAUUCCGUAGUGAUUUGUGGAGUCGGCGACGAUAACAUCGAGGGAUUCCGGGAAGCUCUCUAUGACUUUAAUAUGAAACUGUACAAGAAAUUAGCUGAGCAUACCCACGGGCAUUUUGUCAUCUCUGCGCCUCCCCUGUGGCAAUCGCUGGCAGCAAUCGCGGAAAGCAUGGAUGGGGUCGCGCGACAGGAACUCCUCCAACUCCUCGGCCUACCAGAAGACGAGUGCACGCGACAAACUUACUACCAACUCGCGUCCAGCCGCGAGACAUUCGGCCUCGACGUUACUAUGCAAAGGAAGCAUGUCUUCUUUAUCGAUGAAGGUUUAAACAUGAACACAGAGUGGGUGAACUUAGCUAGUACUCAAUUUAAUUUGCAUACCAUACCAGUGCCGAUAAAACGCGCCCCGAAGGAUGUGGCUUAUUUGAUACGACACAUAAUAUCUUCUCAACUAGCACCACUGAAUUUGCAAGGAAACUCCUUGUUGGCAGACGAAAUAGAUUACAAUGGGCUGUGGUCAGAGGCGUUUCCCGAAGCGGACAUCAUACGGUCACCAUUCUACGACCAUGAAGGCAAUCAGAUCGGGUCGGUUGACUUGAUGAGAAUCAAGAGACGCGUGCGCAUGGUGUUCGUGGAACAAAUUAAUGCCAGAGUUGUGGAGAUACCUGUCGGGGUGGAUGGCCGGUAUCGGAUGCUGUUCGGAAUACCGGUGGAGGGGCAUGAUAUGAGAAAAUCAAUUGAAAAAGUUACAGCAACGGUGAUGUUUGAAAUGGUAGCCGGUUUGAAAGAGAGUGAGGUGCCGAUAGACGUGGCGAUACCGCGGUUUGUCACCACCACCGAGUCUGACGUGCGAGCGGUUCUGGAACAGGUGGGACUGAAGAGUCUGUGGACUGACGCCUCAGCAACAAGGAACAUUUCCCAGCCAGCUGUCAUGCCCAGCGGGUUCGUACAGCGCGCCGAGAUCACUCUAGACAGCCACGGCAUCGACUCCUACAACCCAGAAUUCAUAGAAUUCACCGAAUACUCCACUGGCCUCGAUCCAAAACUUGGACAUGAAAUGAUCGCCAACAGGCCAUUUAUGUACGGUUUAUUUGACGCUGAGACCUACGUGUUGUAA